UAGGCAGACGCAUUAGAUAGUGAAGAAGAUAAUUAACUGAGACGUGGUAUGUUUUGACCAGAGUCGUGUGAGUCUGGAAGGAGUUCUAACGGUUUGUCUUGCUAAUUAACAUAAUAUUGGAUAGAAAUGAGUCAUUCCGAAUGAGUAACAAACAUAAUCCAUAAUCAAUGCACAACUACCGGAAGCGGUAGGGAUAUGAGGUCGACCGUGUUUUGGCUUUACUGUAACGUUUUGGUUUGCAUUCGAUUUUGGGAUCACCACUUUGCAAAUUGGCAGCUCAUCAGACAGACUUAAUGACACAUAAACGGAAUCCGUGCUGUCAUCUGCACUGACAGGUCACAAGGAUGCCACAUAUUUGAAAAUAUUGCCAGAGGAUGGCACGUUUUGGCAAUGAGACUUUUUCUGGUAAAUGUUCAAACGACCUUCCCUUGCUGGACAUUGGUCAUCUGAGUGAUGAGGUCUUUUCCAGCUACACCGGACCAGACUCCGGACUGACUUUCACCAUCACAAAUGAAGACAAUGGCAAUUCCUCCUUGUCAACAAGUGAGAUUGCAGGGGUCAGAAACUGGAACAACAAAAACCAGAAGGCUUAUGGCAUCUGUAUCUCUCUGUAUGAACAGCAUCCAGUUAACGGCAAGAUGUCGGGUGACCCCUUGGCUGAUGCAUUCGCCAUUUGUGCACGAAAGAACAGCUGUUUGAUGUUGAUUGCUGACGGCGUGAACUGGGGGGAAAAACCAAGGCUGGCGGCAAGAUGUGCUCUUUAUGGUAGCAUGAACUACAUCAACAAAAAUAUUUUUCAGGAAGGGGAACAACCCUGUAAUACUCAGGAUGUAAUAGAACUGCUGAGGCGCUCAUUUGAUGAAGCACAUCGUUGUAUUUUAGCCAAAGAUGGAGGACUUACUACAAUGUGUGCCUGUAUGGUUGUACCAGUGAAAAAUUCUGAGCAUUUUGCUGUAUGUUGUGUAAAUGUUGGGGACAGCUAUGCUUACGUUUUAAGUCAUAAUCAAGGCAUCAGAGAGGUCACAGUGGGGUCACAUGACAUCAGCUCGGAAAGAGACAUACGAGAUGCCGGUGGUGCACUUGGUCCUGUGAAUGGAAAAAAUCCUGAACUCAGAAAUUUGACUUGUUCCAUUACAUUUGCUCAUCAGGGUGAUGUUGUAUUUUUAGCAACAGAUGGCAUUUCUGACAAUUUUGAUCCUGUUGUGACAAAGCUAGCUCUACCAAGAAGAGAAAGUGAUUCAAAUUUUAACAAUUUAUCACCCACAUCUCCAACAUCAAGUCCAAUCAUCAGACCGGAGAUGGAGCCAAAGGAGAGACACAUCUACGCAAUGAAGGAGAUGGAGCGCAUUAUACAUGAGUAUGAACUAGUGACAGAGGAACCUUGUUCUGCUCAGGAACUCUGUGGAGCAUUAGUACAACAUGUUUUGUCACUGACAGAUUCCAAACGGAAAAUAUUAGAAAAUCCAGCUUUAUAUGUAAGACGCAAGAUGACACUAAAGGACAAGGAGCACAGAGAUUCAGAGAUUGUUGAUAAGAUGGGGAAGGCCCCAGGGAAGUUAGACCAUGCUUCAGUGGUUGCCUACGAGGUUGGAAUCAUGAAACCAGAUGAAGAGGAGAUGGAGAAUAUACCCCUUGGGACUUGGAAUGGAGACGACACCCUAUCACUUCCCAGUUCUACCGAUACAUCCCCAUCCCCAACCUCCCCAAUAUCACCCAGUUCAAAGAAGUCUCGCCCUAAGAAACUGUUUGCACGUAUACGUAGUCUGAGUGUUAAUACAACUAAUAACUCAUCACCAACCCAUCAUCAUCACCCCUCUCCAGGCUUAUUUCCAAUUUCACCAAAGAGAUUCUCCUUCAAAAGGUCAAGGUCAAAGUCUGAGGCGGAACCAAACACCCCAAUAAGUCCCACCAAUAACCGCCACAAGGAAGUGCUGUCCCCUUCCCCCAUGACCCCACCUAUCCUGUCUCCAGAGGAUUACCCAAUGCCCCUUCCCGCUCAACACCCUUCGCGCAGGAGUAUUUCGUAUGAGUCGUCAGUAUGACCAAAGAUUACUUUAGGGACAUAUAUAAUGUGACGUGGAAGAGGCUUUAUAUAUGUAUUUACAGAUCAAUAAGUUUUUUAAGAAAUUUAAAAUGUUUAUGUUGUUGAGGCAUUCAUUUCAAGGUUGUAUUCAGUGGCAAGUGGUAUGUGGGUAUACUUAUCUACAUGUAUAUGCUUGGAUAAAGCUAAUACUGAAUCUUUGAUGAUUGUGUUUACUGAAGUAAGUGCUUCUAAAGGUUAAAUAGUUUAAACAGGUUACUUCUGAACACACCUGUAUUAUUAUGCAACAAUCACUUAUCGAAAUGCUAACUAAUAUCAUCUGCUGAAACUUUGUAAGAGGAAGACUUAGUUUUGAUAACUAUAAGCAUAAGCUGUUAUAUCUGCAGUAAAAUAUAAUCUGAACAGCCCCUUGUAGGUUGUGUUAAUAGUGCCACUAGUAUUAGUGCUUUUCUGGUACACAUGAGUAGUAAUAACAAAUCAAUGAAAGGGACUAUUUAAACAGGUUGUCUUACAAAUAUGUGUGAUACUUGUACUAUAAAAUCAGACAUGUUUUGCCCAUUUUAAUUUUGCCUUUCAAGAACAAAAAGGCAUAUUCAACACAUUUCAAAAAUAAUGUAUUACAGUUUGCAGUAGGAUAAGUAUGUAUCAGGCAAAUAUUUACAUUGAUAUCCAAAUGACUUGAAGGAUGAACAUUUGGUGGAGCAAAAAUAUUUCUUUACAGUAAUAAAUUCUACUUAAAAAUGAAAAAAAAAUCAUUGAAAAAUAAUGAUGAUGGAACGAUGAAAAUAAGUUAAAAAGAAACCAUAGGAAUGAAACUUCAUAAGUUUUAUAGGAUUAAUCAUGAAAAUAUUUACAAAAAUUCAGCAAUACCUGUGUGUUAAAAAAUAAGACGUUUUUUAGGAUUUUAUUUGUAAGUAAAAUUCAUAAAUACAUAUGUAAUUAUCCUUUAGUUUUACAAAUUAAUCAUGGAAUGCACUGAAGUGCUAAAUUACCUUUUUUUGUUUUUUAAAGAGCUGUUGUGAAAAAUGUAUUAAGUUUUAUUGUUAAAACUUGAAAUAUUUUUGUUUUUGAUAGCUGUAUGGUAUUUUCCAUAUGCAUAUGAACUAAGAAAUGUUUUACUCAAUAUUGUCAUGGAGUUGUAUCUCAAUAUUUCAUUGUGUAGUUAUUUAUAGACACAGUGUCGAUAACGCUAAUAUAGAUGUACCUGUAAAGCAUUAAAAUAGGAUCGAGGACUGUUAUUUAAAAAAAAAAUGAGGCCACCAAUAACUGUAAUCUGAAUACGGUACUUGGUAGCUUUUUCUAUGUUAAUUUUUUUCUUUGAGCUGUUUUUAUUCAAACACACCCUUCCUGCAUUGCAUGUGCAACACCAAUGCUUGUUCCGACUAAAAUAUUCAGAUGCAUGCAAAGAAAGGGAAAUUAUUAUAUAAACUUGAUUAUUUUUG